GCCUGGGUUUCGCUAGCCCCUGGCAAGGCCAGGGUUAAAAGGUGUGGCCCCUCCCCCCUGACUUGCUCUGGGCUGUUCGCCGCCUUCCUCGCAGUCACUUCGGUUUUGCCCAACACUGGAGCUAGGCAGUUGUGGGGCUGGCUUCCUUGCGAUUUGGAGGGGCCAUUCCCACCCCCAGAGUGAAGAGUGGCCAACCUGGGCAGAGUAGCCAGCUGAGGUCCUCCAUCUGGGAGUUUCUGAUGGGUCUGGAGGCAAAGUGAUUCCCGUGGAAGCAGGAGACGAACCAAUCUCUCCCAGACAUGGAGGUGAAGGGGCAGCUCAUCAACUCGUCCAGCUACAGCUCUUCAGAGGCCUUGCAGCGGGAACCCUGUCCCCGAAUUCGGCUGGAGCGGGUGCAGGAACUGCUGGAGAAGCAGCGAGCGCUUCAGCAGGUGCUCAGCCUGCGCCUUAAGGAGCUGCGCAGAGUUUGCCUGCAAGAAGCUGAGCUGACAGGGAAGCUGCCUCCAGAAUACCCACUAGAGCCCGGCGAAAGGCCCCAACCUGUGCGAAGGAGGCCAGCCCCUGCCUACCGGGCCCCCGUUGUCCUCAAGACCGAGGAUGCACUUUCUUUGGAAGAGCUGGCCCGCGAGCUGGCCCUGCAGCAGCAAGUGGCCGAGGCUGCCCGGCGCCUUGCCGUGGCCCCGGACUUAACAGCGGAGCAGCGCCGUCGCCGGAGGCAGCUGCAGGCAGAUGCGACCCAGCGGCUUUGGGAGCUGGAGGCGCAGGUCGCGGAGUGCCGAGCACGGCUGGGCAAAGGACUCCCUCAGAGGGGCAACCCUGAUGAAGCUUUUCAUUCAGAGAGCAGCUCCCUCUCGGAAUCGGCCAGUCAUGAAAAUGGGCCAUGCGGAUGCUUCUAUCCUGUACAUUGUGCUCUGUCCUCAGACGACCCCCACAGUUUCCAGCCCUCCAAGGUCUCCAACCACCAGGGCUCUUUCUCUGACCGACCUUCGCCCCCCAAGGCCCGGGACCAUCUACGUGCCAUCUCCAGCAGCCCUGACCGCCGGCCGGGAUGGCGGCUUUUGCAGCCAGAUCUGUACAGCCAGGCCAAGGACCGUAGGAACUCCGUCGCCAGCCCAACCAGCCCAAGCCGCACCCUGCCCAGAAGCGUGUCCAGCUUUGAGGGCCGGAGUGUCCCUGCCACUCCAGUGCUGGCAAGAAGUGCUUGCAGCGGAAGCCACCAAAUCAGGCCUGAGGCCCCAGCUCUCCACCCCCGCCAGUGGUCAGGCAGCCACGAUUCCCAGCUCGGGCCCCCAAGCCGUGACACCAGUGCUGACCGGGCCUCCCUUUUUGCUGCUCGGACCCGUCGCAGUAACAGCUCGGAGGCCUUGAUUGAGCGGGCCCCUUCGGAGGACCCUCUGUUGCCCUCAGGCCCCCCUUUUAAGAGCACAGAGGCCCUGACCCCAUCUGUCGCAGGCCGGAGCCCUCGCCCGCCAUAUAACGACCCCCUUCUGGACUACCUGGAACGCAGGUGUUGGGGGGGUGGGGAGCAUCUGUCGCGCAGGGACGGGCCUCCCCCUCCAGAAUGGGGGGCCUUUCCCGAGAGUCCUCUGCAGCGCCGAGCUAGGCCAGCUGCCCGCACCAAAUCCUGUGGCCCGCUUCUGCCCCCCCAGUCCCGGGAGAUGAGCUACGGCCCCCCCUUGCCCCCUCACCGUAACUUCCACAAAGCCCUGGCCCUGGAGGGACUCAGGGACUGGUACUUGCGCAAUGCUGGAGUCAGCCAGCGGGGGCCACCAGAGAGACGAGGACCGGCUCAGCUUGUACACCAGCAGCUGCGCAGCUACUACGAACCGGCACCCACCAACGCAGAGAUGGGCUACUAUGCGGGGCCAGGAGGUCUGCCCCACUCACUGAGCUAUGCUGGGCAGCCGCUAUAUGGCAGGUAUAGGGCUCGAUUCUAUCCCUUGCCCCAAUAACACCCCUCUCCUGCUGGCCUGAUGCCAGCUCUCCCCUGCUGCCCUCCUUGUGCUAGACUCCUGCUUUCUCCUAGCCUUUUCCACCUUUGCUCUACCUUUUUAACUGCUGGGAAGAUCUUAUGCUUUGGUUUCUUGGUGCUCCUUCCCUAUCCGAAGGGCCUCCUUGGGUGGAGGGGGCAGCUCCUAUUUAUAGCCCCUCCUCUUGAUCUUGUUAUUAAUGCUAGAAAAAUUACUGUGGUGAGCAGAGGGCUGGAGGGUGUUGGGGCUGCUAUGGGGCGAAAGGGACCUAGGCAUCCAGGAAGGGGUGAUAGCUUAAGCUAGCUCUUGCGUGUUUCCUUCCUGCCUCUUGGUCUAAUUCUUGUUUUCUUUCUUCCUUUCUCUCCUCUCUGCUUUUCUUUUGUUCUCCUCUCUUGCUCUGGCCUGCUCACCCCAGACCUUUUGGGGAGCUACUUUUCAUGGAUGAUUCUGCUGGCCCCUACACCUUGGAAUCCACAGAGCACCCGACCCCAGGGACACUGGUCUGACCCCCGCUUUUUCCCCCAAGGGGAACUGCAGUUCUUUUUUCAUUUCUCGCUGGUGCCUCCUUUUUUCCCCCUUUUUUCCCUGUGUUACACACCGUGUUGCAGGUGGGAGUCCCUGCUGGCAGGGGAUGUGUGUGUGUGUGUGUAUGCGAGUGCGUGAGAAUGGAUUGUUGCAUGUCACACUGGACACACCACUGGGGACAGGAAUGCACCCCCUGUCCUUUCUACACACUGUUAAUCUUGGCCCAGUUGCGACUGUGGGAUAUAUGACUACUGUAUUCCCUCCUCUGCCCCCACCCUGGGGUUUUAGUGUUGCAAGUGGUGCCUCCUUGUGGUUGCUAAGGAGUGAUGCAACAUUACCAACUGGGUGCUGUGGGCAAGGUGCAGCAUUUUAAAACUCAAGACCCUGGAAUAUAUAACUGGGGGGCGGGGGGAGAGUGUGUGUUUGUGUGUAUCUUUCCCCUCCACUCCUUCUUGUGAAAUGUUAACUUGCACAGACUGUCAACUUGCUAAUAAACAUCAGUCUUGUAAACAAAAAAUGAAAACAAAAAUAGAAGCCACAUCCCACACCCCAUCUCUUGGUCCACAUCAGUGAGCAAUUUCUGUUUACUGUACAUUUACUGCCCCCUUUACCGGGCUCUAGCAGGUAAAAGACCAGCUUCUGGAGAGGAUAAGGAGAGAAUCCCCAGAUAACAGAAGCCUUUUUGGGCUCCAUUCAAUGAUUCCUUGUGGUGGUCCAGCCAUCUCCUGUCAAAUGAAACACACACCCUUCGGAUGGGUGUGGGCACAGGUUUUUUGGCUUCAAUUCAGUUCUGUAGAGGUGGAACAUCAACCUGUUAGGACGGCAUCACCUGUUAUGAUUGGAGUGGGAAACAGCAGUGCAAACACAUGUGGACUUCCCACAUGACCAGAUGUGCAUCUUCUAAACAUCUGUGUGCAUAUCCACUCAUGGAUGACAUCCAUGUUGUGUGUUUGCUAGCGGAGAUAGUAGUGCAGGACUGCACAACUCUGGCCCUCCAGCUGUUGACUACAGCUCCCAUAAUCCCCAGCCACAGUGGCCAAUCAUCAGGGAUGAUGGGAGUUGUAGGUCAACAUCUGCAGGAGGAACUGAAGUUGUGCAGCCCUGUCCUAGUGUAACAUGGCCAUUUGCCCCAGCAGUAGUAACUUGUGGAACUACACUCUAAAUUUCUAAAAGUUACUGCCCCCUUGAAACGUUUCCCCCACACCAUCCUCUCUCUUAUGCCUCACAAUCACCCUCUCACCUUGUUUAUUUAAAACACAUGACAAAUAGUGAUAGUCCCCCCUUCCACCUCCCAAUUGCGCAACAAGGAAUCUGUUUUAAAUUCUGUUUUUGCCAAUUAAAUCCAGCUCAUAUGGAUAAUUAUGGGAUGGGAGGGAAAGAGACUCAGUCCCUCUUCCCUUGCCCUCUGUAUUUGAAGGAUCAAGAACCAUAGCAAAGUCACUGUCUCUUGUGUGUCUUUUUAAUGUACACUAAUGUAUAGAUUGUUUAUGGGGGUCUGAAUGUAAAACUGAGCACUGUGGCUAUGAAAUGGGAAAGGGUUUCUAUAAUAAAGAUUGUAAAGAUGAA